AUAGAGGUAAACAGGAAGGGGAUGGAGCGCAAUAGAAGCUUCAUGUGUUGAGCGUCGCCAGUUGUGCUGCACAUAGAAUUGUAAUGUUAUAUAAAGAAAAACUGAACAGCAAAAAAGAACCCAAGGAGCACACGCAAUAAUUUAAAAUGGGCAAGAAGCAUAAAAAACACAAGUCUGAGUGGAGAACCGUUGAUGAUUAUCUUUCAGAUUAUGUAGACAAGCCUUUGGAGAAGCCUCUAAAGCUGGUCCUAAAGGUUGGAGGAAGUGAAGUUACUGAGCUUUCAGGAUCCGGGCACGAUUCCAGUUAUUAUGAUGACAGAUCAGACCAUGAGCGGGAACGUCAUAAAGAAAAGAAGAAGAAGAAGAAAAAGAAAUCUGAAAAGGAGAAGGAUAAGCAUGUGGAUGAUGAAGAGAGGAGGAGGAGGAAGGAAGAAAAAAAGAGGAAGCGGGAGAGAGAGCAGUGUGACACUGAGGGAGAGGUAGAGGGGGCCAAUACGUUAAAAAAGAUGGAGGAAGAAAAAAAGAGGAAGCAGAUUGACACUGAGGGUGCGGUGGAUGGCUUUGACCGGGGAAUAAAGGUGGAGCAGGUGGAGCAUCCAGCAGACAGGCCAGUCAGAUCGUGCAGAACUCAGCAGGAAGUUGACUGCACCCCCCUACAACAGCUACUGGAACAUUUCUUACGACAGUUACAGAGGAAGGAUCCCCAUGGGUUCUUUUCAUUUCCAGUUACUGAUGCUAUUGCUCCUGGUUAUUCCAUGAUUAUUAAGCAUCCUAUGGACUUUAGCACAAUUAAGGAUAAGAUUGAAAUAAAUGAGUAUAAAUCAGUGACUGAGUUCAAGGCUGAUUUCAAACUGAUGUGUGAUAAUGCUAUGGUUUAUAACCGACCAGAAACUGUGUACUAUAAGGCAGCAAAGAAGUUGCUUCACACAGGAUUCAAGAUGAUGAGCAAACAGGCAGCUAUUUUGGGCAGCGAAGACACAGCACCAGAAGAACCGGUUCCGGAAGUUAUACCAGUGCCUGUUGAACCGACAAAGAAAUCAAAGAAACCAGUGAAAGACAUGAAUGAAGUUAUAAGCUAUCUGUAUGAACCAGAAGGCACAGCUUGUAGUUUAACAGAUAGUACAGCUGAAGAACAUGUCCUGGCAUUGGUGGAACAUGCAGCUGAUGAAGCCAGGGAUAGGAUCCACAGACAUCUUCCCAGUAGCAAGCAAGACAGCCACAGAACUCCAAACAAAAUGCAACUAAUCAAAAGAAAGAUUGGCUACCUGAAAAAGGAUGCAAAUGGUGCUCUGGUGUAUACUGUCGUCAACCAGUCUGAUCCGGAGAAUGAAGAAGAGGAGACCCACCCUAUUGAUUUAAGCUCUCUCUCAAACAAACUGCUUCCUGGUUUAACUACCUUGGGCUUCAAAGAUGACAGAAGAAACAGAGUUACAUACCUCAACAGUGCCUAUAACACACAGUCAUUACAGAACAAUACAGUUUUCCCUGAUCUCAGGCCAGACGAAAUGGAACUCUUGUAUUCGGCAUAUGGGGAUGACACUGGUGUGCAGUGUGCCUUAAGUUUACAGGAGUUCGUAAAAGGAUGUGGGAACUUCACAAAGAAAAUAGUGGAUGGCCUUUUAGACCAGAUGACAGGCGGUGAUCAUUCCAAAGCUAUCUAUCAAAUAAGACAGAGGAGAAACAUUGCAAUGAAACCCCCAGAUGAGACAAAAACUAGCCCUUGUGAUAUACAGGUUGGAGAUGCAGCUGGCAUGGCUGCAGACAGCAAUAACUCGGUACUUGAUUUCAUGUCCAUGAAGUCCUAUUCAGAAAUGUCCUUAGAUAUGUCAGUGUUGAACACACUAGGCAAAACUGUAAAAAAAGAGCCAGACCACGAAGAUGGCCAUUUCCAUUUUGAUGAGGCGUCUAAGCUGCUGCAAGACCUUCACGAGGUCCAAAAUGAUCGAGUAGGAUCAAGACCGUCUUCCAACCUCAGUUCAUUAUCCAAUGCCUCUGAACGGGAUCAGCACCAUCUAGGGAGUCCUGCUCAUCUAAGUGUUGGGGAACGAGUUGAAAUGGUCCACGACCCUUACGAAUUUCUACAGUCUCCAGAACCUGGUUCCACUGCCAAUAGCUGAUUUUUGGUUUACUAUUGAGUAAAUGUCCACAUACUUUUCUGUCCUCUUUUGGACAGAAAUAUAUAUAUAGAUAGAUAUAGAUAUUUAUAUCAUGUGUAUAUUAAAGUGACUUGUGUAAUUACUUAUUUAUCUAUUUAAUUAGUAGGACUUACAUUAGCAAAGUGUUUGCAGUUGUUUUUAAAUUAUUUUGUACUGUACUGGUAUGUUUUUUGUGACCGAUGGAUUAUUAAAGAGUUGUAUUUGUA